AUGGAAGAUGAGCUUGACGCUGCUCAGCUGAGACAAACAAGUGAUCUGAACAAGAAUUUAAGAGCGGGUGCUGGUGAGGGGUCCUUGCUUCAUUUGUAUGAAAGCAGACUACGUCGGCUAAAGCAAUAUGAAGAAAUUGUGUAUUCCAGAUACCAUGGCGCAAUCCCCGGAGAGUUGGAAGAAGACUUUUUCCAAGGGCCGAAUCCAGCAGACAAUCUGAAUGCUAAGGAAGAAGAAGAGCAGAAGCCUUCAGCGGAGCCAUCAAGAAUAGAAUCGUUGUCCAAGAACAAUGCUGCUGCUGGCCCACCUUCUGUCAUCAAUAUUGACGACCUUGAGACAGGCACAUAUGAAGACAUUUCGGUAUCUACUGGAUUAAACUCCUUAUUGACUUCAAGUAUCAUUGAACCAAAGAGCGAGAUGGCACAAGAAGAACAAGAUGGUUUCCAUGAUGACCGAGGCGGAGAAUCCCAAGGAACCAUCCACAACAGCGGAAUCCAUCCAAGUGGCCACAAUAGUAAUAAUACAUUUCAUGUAUCUCGGCGGGAACCUUCCAAAGAAGAAGAAGAAGACAACAAUGGUAGCGACGAGAACGAUACCAUUAAUCGAGCAUACACAUAUCAGGCAAGUUCUGAUUCCAAGUUUGAGGAGUAUUCGUGUUUGAUUGACCCAAAAAGAGAUGACCGAGCGGUAGAGAUUAUGCUAUACUCUGCCAAACGACCGCAUAUGCGAGCCUUCCAUCUUUCAUGGCUUGGCUUCUUUGCCGCAUUUUUCAAUUGGUUUGGAAUUGCGCCGCUCAUGAGUCAGGUCGCUCAUUCUCUGAGAAUCAAUCGAACGCAAGUAUGGACAGCCAAUACUAUGGCUGUUGUUGGGUCCUUUAUUACUCGAGUAAUGGCAGGACCACUCAAUGACAUAUAUGGCUCCCGAGUUGUAAUUAGUGUCUCGCUCCUAAUAUCUGCAGUUCCGGCAAUAUUAUCAGGAGUAUUGAUCCAUGGAGCCGUCAGUUUGUACAUUGUCCGGUUCUUGGUUGGAAUUGCAGGCUGUGUCUUUGUCACUUGUCAGUUUUGGACCGCGUCCAUGUUCACAACCGAAGUGGCUGGAACCGCUCUCUCGCUCACAGCAGGAUGGGGAAAUCUCGGGGGCGGCUUCUCCCAUCUUGUCAUGGGAUCACUGCUAUUUCCUCUCUUUAAUCUCCUCUAUGGUGGCGAUGGCUACAAGGAAGUUCAAUCGUCAGUCUUUCCCAACGACACAAACUUUGAAACCAACAAGCCAUCCGAUAGGGCGUGGCGUACAAUCUUAGCCAUUCCAGGCAUUUUGUCACUUGUAGUCGCCUACCUUUCAUUCAAACAUGCUGACGAUACUCCGAAGGGAAAUUUAGGCAAACGAAAAAAGCUUGGCUUGAUUACUCAAGAAUCUGUUUCGAAGGCACUGGGACGGGCCGCCAAUGAUAAGAAUACAUGGCUCAUGUUCUUUCAAUACGGCUGCUGCUUUGGAGUGGAACUUACCAUGACGAGCGCCGCCUCUCUGUACUUUCAAGAAGAAUUUGGCCAGUCCACUGCAAGUGCCGCUGCUAUUGCAUCCGUCUUUGGAUGGAUGAAUUUGUUUGCUAGAGGACUUGGUGGAUUCUGUUCGGACAUGGCGAGUGCAAGAUAUGGAAUGAGAGGUCGCCUGUGGGUUCAAAUGUUUACUCUUUUCUGUCAGGGAGGCCUUGUUUGCGUAUUUUCUGUUACAAGUACACUUACUUCGGCGAUUGCUGUUAUGGCACUUUUCAGCAUCUUUGUUCAAGCGGCAGAAGGGUCUUCGUUUGCUAUUGUGCCGUAUAUUAACCAUGAUGUGACAGGUUCCAUUUCUGGCAUUGUCGGUGCUGGUGGCAAUUUCGGAGCCAUUGCAUUUUCGCUGAUCUUUCGGCAGACACAGAAUAGGACAGCUUUUUUUUAUAUGGGAUGUGCCGUGGUGGCAAGCUCUCUGCUUUGUGCUUUUGUCACGAUUGAUGGACACCGGUCACUCUUUUUUGGAGAAGAUGCAACGGAAGUCAAGGAGCGAAGAAGUGCGCACGCAGGUCAACUUGGGAAGCUGCCUACUGUGGACUUUAGGAAUUCUGAGAUGCAAAAAAGGAGAAAUAUUAUGGCGGAGAGUAGUGUUGAAGAAGAAUCUAGGAGGACAUUCGAUAACGACGAUAUCAUUAGUGUGCACGGGGCUUCUUUCGACGAUGUUGUCUCAGGCACGGAAGUUGCGAACGCAUAA